CACGUUGGGCCUCCGAAAAAGAGAGAGACUUUGACGAAACUCUCCACACGAUGGAGUCCCUAAGCCGACAGCCCGACCUAGACCGCCUGCUGUACCAAACCGUGGUCGUCGGACCCUCAAAACCGGCCGGGCUCGACAGCACGGGCCACGUUACAGCGCACGCGGCAGCCGCGACAGCCGCUACCGUCCUCACACCCGAGAAAACCGACGCGUCGAUGGCCGGCGGCGAGCGGGAGGAGGUGCAGAUCAAGCUUGUGGACAAGCUACAGGCCACGGCGAGCCCCGCGGAGACGGCGGCGGUCGGGGGUGGUGCGGAGAGCGUGGUAGACGCAACAAGUCAGCUGGUGGAGGAAGCCGGCGCGGGCGCGCUCGACAUAGCGCAGCGCCGGGCCCUCUUGCUCGGCCGCACGAAACAAAGACACGUCUGCCUCCAUUGCGGGAGGGAGUGCCCGAGCAAGCACAAGCUGAAGCGACACCUGUCCACGCACUCGGAGCAGCGGCCGUACAACUGUCACCUCUGCGGCAAGAGCUUCAAAUGGACCGAGUACCUCGCCAAGCACAUGCGGACGCAACAUCCGGGGGUGGAAGUCCCAGUGUUUGUUACACACGGAACGACCUCCAGUCCCAGCCACAGCUGCCUGAGUCCGCCUCCAGCUCCCACCUCUACCCCCUCUUCCUCCUCCGCCACUUCCUCUCUCACACAGCCCACUCUUGCCAGCAGCCAGCCUCCGGACAGAGUGUAUGAGACGACAAACUCCCAGUUGAGAAGCUCACUAGGAGGUUCUCUCCACUCACAUGCGGCCCUCCUCUCGAAACAAACCUUUCCCGAAGCCCCUCCACUCGCAGACGAGCUCCUCCAGCCACCGCCAUCACAGACACCGCAGCUCUCACCACAAAUACAGAGUCAGCAGACACCAGCCCCUUCACUGGGGAACUUAGCUCAGCAGCAGACGCAACUACUAUCUCCCCAGAGGUCUUCGCCGACCACCACCCACCAACAACAACAGUCGGACAUCCUCCAGCAACUCCACACGCAGCAGCAGCAACAGGAGCAGAGCGAGAAGCAGAAACUGCUACAGCAGCAGAUACAACGACACCAGCUACAACAGCAACUCAGACAGCAGCAACAGUCAGCUCAAGCCCUGAAUCAGAAUCAGCAGCAGCAGAGUAUGCAGGUGGUGGGGCAUCAGGUAGCUCAGCAGGUGCUUCAGACGACACAGUCGCUGGUACAGUCGGCUCAGGACCUGCUCCAGACACCAGGAACCACCGAGCUCACGACCUCUCACACUCUCCAGGGUCCGGUACUGAGUGGCGAGGAGAUAUCUCAGCACCAGCAGUUACAGUAUGCGAGCCCUGCUGCUGGUUCGCCUCAGACACAGCCGUCUGUUGUCGGUACAGAGUCUUCUGGCCAGAUGGGUGGAGUUGGGGGCGGGGGGACCAUGCAGGUGAUGCACCCACUCAACCACGUUAUGAACUCUGAUGCAACCGCCGUGGUCCAGAACAUGGGCUACAUGGAACAAAACUACGACCAUGUGGCGCCUUCAUCGGGCAUGGUAUACACUACAGACGGAUACCAAGACUCGUCAUCAUCGUCACAGGUUUUCACUUCGCCGGUGUACAACACCCAGAGCGUGGCUCAGGUGUACCAGAUCCCUCCACGGUCGCAGUCCUCUCUCUCCCAGGAGGGGUUCACGGAGUCCUUCACCUCUUCCACAGACUCCGUCAGCUAUGCCUCGACGUUGACGAAUCUUCCUCUCGCCCAGCAUCACCACAAUCAGGGUGGACAGCAGGGGCAAACUUUGGACACCUCGUCCUUCCAUCCUCCUCCUCCUCCUCCCUCACAGCAGCCGCAAUCUGUUAUGAACCAGCAGGGGGGUGGGGGGACAGGAGGAGGAGGAGGAAUGACAAGCAUGAACCAAAUGAAUGUCCAGAGCCAAGAUGCCAAUAUACUCCACAUGCAAGCGCAGAUAGCUCAGAGUGCGUUUGAACUGCAGAGUGUCCAGAUGGAACAGUCGAUGCAGGGCUACGAUGCAACCGGUAUGAUCCAAACGGCGGCCGAUUACCGCGAUGGCUCCACCGGUGGGUACCAAGAGGUGACCAACGCCUACCAAGAAGGGACCAGUGCCUACCAGACGGCAACAAACGCCUACCAUAUACAGAACAGUGGUGGGUAUCAGGACGCGGGAGUGAGCUACUCAGACCACUCGCAGGCAACACACGGACAGAAUGUCUUGUCAGUAACUGGCACCGCCUCGUUUGCCAAUGCAAACGGCCUCGAGCUGGAGCCAUCGGGACAGAUGUACACGACUACAGUUGCACCCCAGAAUCACGGUCUCCAGCAGAUGAGCUAUAGUGGUCCAGUCACCACCGACGUGAGUAGUUCAGAAGUCGUCGCGUACAAUACACAGAUGGAUAGUGUAUACACUGCGUUGAGUGCUGAUAUGUUUCAGCAGGCUACUAUUCCAGCCUCGGCUGUUGGCGGUGGUGGCAGGUGUACCACUCCACGCACAGGCAGUGGCAAACGACAAGACCUCCCUACUCGCCAUACAGCAGACACCCCCAGAUGUCCUCAACCCAGUUCAGCAGAUUGCAACUGUCGUGGCAUCAGAAGAGGACACUCUCCCGACUUCAUCUUCCAACCCCACCUCUGAAACCAACACUGCUCCGGAAAAUUCCGCGAGAAAGUCGCAGAAGCCCAAGGAAUCGGUCGGCAUUCAGUGUGAGGUUGGUCCAGAGACAUUCCGGGCUCUCAAGAGGAAGAAGCGCAGGCGAAACUGAUCACUGGUAGCUCUACUAGCACGAGUGGUGGCGGUGCAAACUCUAGAGAGACCGUCGAGUACUCUUCAUCCCUCGUGGCUCAGAAAGCUGCCAGUUCUUCCUCGUUACUACUCAACAACGCAGGGUCUCCCCCCGUACAUGAUCCCUUCAACGCAGCCUCGCCCGGCGUAAACACAAGUGGGAAGUGAGGGAAAUAGUCAGUCUGAUAAAGUCGUCCGUAAGUAUCCGUGCGAACUGGCCACGUGUGCCAAGGCCUACGUACAUCGAAAAGAUCUCAUUCGUCACAUGACGCUCCGGCACGGGAUGUCCCCACAGAAAUUGGAGCCAGUCGUCAUAGAGACGCCGGAGAAGCCCUAUACGUGCCAGGUGGGCGUGUGUCGCAAGUCGUACUUCCACCAGAAGGAUCUGCGGAGACACCAGCGGCAGUGUCACUCGGUCAGCGACAACGGUAACCUCUCGGGGGCUGUUGAAAUGACCGACGCGGACGGAAAAGUGAUGGUGCGCUUUCCCUGCGAUUUCCCUGGGUGUCAGCGUUCAUACGUCCACAAGAAAGACCUUGUGAGACACAAGAGGGUCUACCACAAAGACGAAUCAAAGAAACCAUCGAUCCCCAUCCCCGUGAAAUUCACAGAGGCAGACUUGAAGAGGAUUCGCCACGAGGAGAAGACUUUCACGGACAAGGAUGCCCCUGCUAAGAAACCUCGUCUUGAUAGCACCGGAUCUGUGAUGAGCAGUGGGGAGGAUCAGAGCCAAGGGUCUGAGCCCCUGACAGCAGUCCAGAUCUCGGAGUCAAUGGGAGCAGCGGUGCGGCUGUCGUCGACAAGCCCCGCUACCCCUGGAGAGGGAAGUAGUGGAUUAGACCAGGGGGGAGUCGGUGGUGGGGGUGGUGAGGUUGCUCCGUCGCUACAGUCUGCAGAGUUUCCAAGUAUCUCAGAGGACGACGCAAACGGGUUGAGUAACACGGUGCAACUGGCGUUGGGUCUGACGCAGCAACAACAGCAGGUGGUGGUGGGGGGCUCGGAGCAGCCCUCUCAGCUCUCCCUAUCUCUUCACACUGUUGGUCAGCAGCAGGCCUCUCCACCUCAGUCGGGGAACCAUCACCUCCCUACAAUUCUCAGACGGCAGCGACAUAGUGGAUCAAAUGGUCAACACACAUCGACUGCGGUGACGCAAGAGCAGCAACUGACCAAUGAGAUUGCGCUCAGGAACCUGGCCUCGCUCAUGUUGGGCGGGCUCCAGGGCGUGGCGACUAAUUCCAGCGGCACCUCAUUUGACACCACACAGCAGAGCGUCUCUGCAUUCUCUGCCUCUCCUCUAACUGUUACCGGGGACCCCGUUUCAUCCCAGGCAGGUGUCGGUGACCCGCAGCAAGCAGUGGCGGGAUUUGAUCCAGCGGCGAUAAUCUCGGCCCUGUCCAGCGUUGUAAACAACCCAGACCUUCUCGGCACGGCCUCGUCCCCCUCACUGGAGCAACAUCAAGUGGUGUCAAUGGAGAAUGUUGCCAGUGCACUCCAGUAUCUCACCAGCACAAGUAACAGUACAUGACGAAAAUUUAUUCCCCCCUCUCACCCACAAAUUCCAUAGUACCACAUUUUUCUAAUACCUGAUGAUGUUCCACUGUUCUGUGUGUCUUCUGUAUAUAUAACAAACCCCCUCAA